UGUGUAAACAUGACAGAGAAGAAGAGGAAAAACACGUCGAAGGCGUUGCGAUUAAAGACUACCGCGUCGUUGUAAAGAAAAAAGAAAAGAUCAAUAAAAUCUUAUAAAGACCUUCACAUAUAAUUGGACUUUUUUUGAAAGUGAUAUAUAAAGCUGACUGAUUCGUGGAUUCACUGGAUCUAUGAGCACAAAAGAGCGACUUGCUGAUCAGCCGUGAGCUAUGUGAGGAAGUGCUGAAGCUCGCACUGGCAGCUUCCCCAGCGGCAUUCACCACGGCGGGAAACAUCAAACCUACCGUGUGCAGGGUGGUCAUUUACCUCCAGAGGGACAUGUCAGGAGAGAGCUGCCUGCACCCUCUACGGCCUCACGCCGACCCUGUCCUCGCCAUCUCUUCAACUGAAUGUCCCGAUAUUAAGAGUUGCAGCCAGCGUGGCACGGCAGGAAGCAAAUACGUCCGCCUGAAUGUGGGAGGAGCGCUGUACUAUUCCACCGUGCAAGUGCUCACGCGGCAGGACACAUUGCUCAAGUCCAUGUUUAGCGGCAAGUUGGAGGUCUUCACUGACAAGGAAGGUUGGAUUUUGAUAGACCGCUGUGGGAAACACUUUGGUUCGAUUCUCAGCUACUUGCGGGAUGGAAGUGUAACUUUGCCCAAGAGCAGGCAGUGUGUCAUGGAGCUUCUCACGGAGGCGAAGUAUUAUCAGAUCCAGGGGCUGGUGGACUUGUGUCAGCAUGCGCUUCAGGAAAAUAUGCAGAAAGCUCUGUGCGUUAUUCCAGUCAUCACAUCUCAAAAGGAAGAGGAGAGAUUAAUACAGGGCUGUACAAAGCCUGCUGUAAAGCUACUCUACAACAGAGGCAACAACAAAUAUUCCUACACCAGUAACUCCGAUGACCACUUGCUAAAGAACAUUGAGCUGUUCGAGAAGUUGUCGCUGAGCUAUAACGGACGUGUGCUGUUCAUUAAGGACGUGAUUGGUGAUGAGAUCUGCUGCUGGUCCUUCUACGGCCAGGGCCGCAAGUUAGCCGAAGUUUGCUGCACAUCCAUUGUCUACGCUACUGAGAAAAAGCAGACCAAGGUGGAGUUUCCUGAGGCUCGCAUCUACGAAGAGACGCUAAAUGCUCUGCUUUACGAGACCCUCCCAGUCCCUGACAACUCUCUCCUGGAGGCCACGCGCAGGCGAGCUCACUGCUGCUCGCACAGCGAGGAGGACGAGAGCGUGGAGCUGCGAGAGCGAGUACGCCGCAUACACAUUAAGAGAUACAGCACCUACGACGACAGACCGCUGGGACAUUAGUAGAGAACCCGAGAGUCUUCUCCGCCAAGGGGCGAAAGCUUGCACAGUCUACUGACAGCGCUCACGUACACACGUACUAGGACACAUUGUCGAGUGUGAGCAAAAAUGAUAACACUAUAUUCAGACAAACCUGUGAGCCAUGAAUUGUGAGAGAGGGUGUCUGUGUAGGUCCAUUUUAAUUCUAAAGCGAUAAACAGAUCAUUAUGACUGGUACUUCUUUGGGGGGUGGGGGCACACUUGCCAGGUUUUUGGUGACAUAUACUUAAGUGUACUGAACAGCAUGAAAGUGUGAGCUUUCGCCCACAGCACGACAAUUCUGUGAGAAAUAUCACACUACAGGCAACUCUCUUCUUGACAGUAACUAACCACUGUUGUAACUCAGCAAUGUUACAAUCCUAACAAUCUGGGGGACAAAAUGUCAGGUUCCUUCCUCAGUUGUGCAGUGGAAAAGGACCAGCACCUUUGUAAAUGAUUGUUUUUAUUCUCCUUUCAAAAUGUUUUAUAUUUUUCCCCUCUCUAUAUAGACACUAGAAUUGAAUUGACUGAUAUACCACUUUUUAAAUAACCAGCAUUUUUUUAAUCCUACAAUGUGAACACAAAAAGCAAUGCUUGCUUGUGUUUUUCAAUUUAGUAUUUAUUUAUCUAUCUCAGAAUUGUAAUACUGGCGAUUUUUUUUUUACAUUUAAAACGCAUUGCAACCUAGUUGAGAAAAUAGCAAUGAUGAAACUAUUAUACAUUUGCUGCACCUUGUGUCUUUUUGAUCAAUUUUGAUCUAAUUUUUCUGGAUGCCUUAGUACCACUCGUGCCUUCCUGCGUAUCAACUGAACAGACGUGAGCCUAAGGUGAACAUUAUUUCUGCUAUGAGAUCUAAACUUGUGAUGGAGGAAUCAGUAAAAACCGGAGCUUUUGGAUUUCACUAAUGAUCUAUUUGUGAUUCUUGAUAAAUUAUGUAUUUUCUUAAAAUUAUAGGUUUAUUUGAUCAUACCUUUCAUAUUCUUUAUAAAAGAGUUUGUUAAAGUGGA